AUGGAGAGCCCCGACGGAGCUCUAGCAGCCAGUAUGCGCAGUUCCACGCAGCAACCGCCUGAGGCUGAUAUCUCCAAGCGAGCACGUCUAUCAGUGGAGGAACCUGUCACACGACAAGUUACCAUACAUUGUGUGACCUGCUCCGGUAAACGAAAAUAUCAUGAGAGCCACCCCUCAAGAUCGUACUAUCUCGACACUCCGGUUAUGAUCACAUCCGACCAUCAGGCCAGAGCUUUACACGGUCAAACCCGCCUGCGAGAUGUUGAAUACUACUUGGACGAACGCCUCGGGUUCGGUAUUGCGAUCUUCAUCAAUUACGAUUGCGAAGCUUACCAUGACAAUAUCAAAGAUACAUUCAUACCUACUCGCGUUCCUUCGAUGCCUGAGGAUGUGGGUAUCGACAUGAAGCCAUACUUUCGAGUUCUUCAACAUGAUGGGCCAAUAGCAAAUGCGACGUCUGAGCGGCUACAAUUAUCGGAAAACCUUGAGGACGCUCUGCACACGCUGCAAGACCAGAACGCAGACAUAAUGGACGAGUGGGAUUUCCACGAAGAUCUUCAUCAUCCGUAUCCGAAAUUAGAUCAAUUCAAACAUGUCUUCAUCGGACCUCGGGCACAAGCACUGGAGCCGCAACAACAGAAGGAUCUCAAGGUGUUGUCUGAUUACAUAACUGAGCGUUUGGCUUUGGAUUACAAGGAGCUGGAACAGCUAUCAGCUGUGGGAUUGGCUAAUUUGCGGUAUAUGGUCGACGCGGAAGUUUACAAGCUGAUGCAUGGUCGCGAUGAUGACCCGACAUCUCAAAGCGAACUCAGGAGUGAGGACUUGGAGAAUGAUGAACCCCCGGGUGGCGCAUUCACAUUGAUGCUGCCGGCGACUAUCAAGGGGUACGGCUUUCACAACAAGAAGUGGACUAUACGAGUGCUGAUCAUCAACACAGAUACACUACUCGUGGAACAUAUCCAAGAUAUCAAAUGGAACAGCGGUGUCUUCGAAAAUCGACUGGUCCUCGAGGAAGGCAAGAAAGAGCUGGUGAAAGCAUUGGUUACAGUUCAUAUUGAGAAAAGCAAUGACAUCAAGACCGAUUUUAUGGACGGAAAGGGUGAAGGGCUCAUCAUGUUGCUCCACGGUGGCCCAGGUACUGGCAAGACUCUCACAGCAGAAAGCAUCGCAGAGCUCGUUCAUCGUCCUUUGUAUAGGGUGACUUGCGGCGACAUCGGGACAGAUGCCGAAAGCGUGGAGAAGUACCUCGAAUCGGCCUUGUUCAUCGGGAAUACUUGGGACUGUGUGGUCCUACUGGAUGAAGCAGAUGUGUUUCUUGAAGAAAGAACAAAGAUGGAUCUGCAACGCAAUGCACUGGUCUCCGUUUUCUUGCGCGUCUUGGAGUAUUACGACGGUAUCUUGAUCUUGACGACAAACCGCAUCGGAACUUUCGAUGAAGCGUUCAAGUCUCGCAUACAGCUCGCGCUCCACUAUCCGCCGCUGAAUAGAGAUGGCCGUUGGGAAGUCUGGAGGAACUUUGUUCAGUCAUUGUCGGAGGCCGGAGGGAAUAUCAACACCGAAGAGAUAAGCAGAAAGCUCGACAUCCUCGCCCGGCAUAAACUCAAUGGCCGCCAGAUUAGGAAUACGAUCAAUACAGCUCGCCAUCUCGCGCGAUACAAAAAGGAAUCUUUGCGGUACGCCCAUGUAGACCAGGCAGUCCGGGUUGUCAACGAGUUUGAAAAGUACGUGACCGAUGUACACGGUCAUGAUGAUGAGGAGUACGCGCGAGAUCAAGGCUUGAGAAACGAUGAGGUCUCGCGCGAGAUGGAAUGA